AACACGCACACAAACAUUUCUCAAAACAAGAAGCGAAGGAAACCCAAAUUGAUCCUCUCAUUCGAAAAUCUGUGGUGGUGUGUGUUGCAAUGGCGGAGCACUUGGCAUCGAUAUUUGGGACGGAGAAAGACAGAGUGAAUUGUCCAUUCUAUUUCAAAAUCGGAGCGUGUAGACAUGGUGAUCGGUGUUCGAGGUUGCACACGAAGCCAAGCAUUAGCCCAACGUUGUUGUUGUCGAACAUGUACCAGCGACCCGACAUGAUAACACCUGGCGUGGACGCACAGGGCCAACCCAUCGACCCGAGGAAGAUCCAGGAACACUUCGACGAAUUCUACCAAGACUUGUUCGAUGAACUAAGCAAGUACGGCGACAUUGAAAGCCUCAACAUUUGCGACAACCUCGCCGACCACAUGGUCGGUAAUGUUUAUGUUCAGUUCAGAGAGGAAGAACAUGCUGCCAAUGCACUCAAGAACCUUACUGGAAGAUUUUAUGCUGGCCGGCCAAUUAUUGUAGAUUUCUCUCCUGUAACAGACUUCCGUGAGGCCACUUGCAGGCAGUAUGAAGAGAAUACUUGUAAUCGCGGUGGCUAUUGCAACUUUAUGCACUUGAAAAGUAUUAGCAGGGAAUUGAGGCGUGAAUUGUUUGGGAGGCACCCCCACCGCAGCCGGCACAGUCGAAGUAGGAGCAGGAGCAGGAGUCCUUACAGGCAUAAGAGCCACGAGGACCGAUCUCAUCAUGGUCAUAGUAGGAAGCAUCAUGACAGAAGUCAUCAUCAUGACAGGAGUCAUCAUCAUGAAAUUCGUGGCAAGAAAUACAGGAGCAUAAGUCCUGGACACCGGAGAGGAAGAAGUCGCAGUCGAAGUCCUGGAGGAAGGAGGAAUCGUAGUCCUGUCAGAGAUGGCAGUGAAGAGAGACGUGCCAGAAUUGAGCAAUGGAACAGGGAAAGGGAAGAGCAACAGCAUUCGAGUAAGGCUAAUACUGAGGAAAGCAAUGGUGUUAACAAUGGGUCUGUGUAUGAUGGUAAUGAGUAUCAUGGGCACGAGCAGCGAAAGCAUCAACCUCAAGAGGGAGGAUAUCGAUACUAAUACUUUUAUGGUCUUCUGGUUUGUAUCCUCACUCUCCUUUAUCUCUUUUCUCUGCACAUUCCUUAUAGCCCUAGGAAAAAGUUUUGAUUCCGUAGUACACCACCCACAAAAUAUAGCUUACCACCCAUUUUCCACUGUGCAGGUGGUACAGGUGCACUGUUCUGUAAUCUGUCAUAUGGAAUGUGUUUCCUUCUCCUCCCUACCCCGCUUUUUAAAUUUUGUAGUUUGCAAUUUUAUUUUGCAUACAUCAUGAUUGAUUGUAUUUGUAGCUUGAUCUGCUUCUUGAUAGGUUUUUCUUCUGAGCCAAUUUUUCAACAGGGUUUUUAUAGGAGCUGGUUCUAUUGCAUUAAGAUAGCAUUUUUAUAGUCUAAAUUAUAAGUGACAAAAUGCAUCUGAGUAGUGUAGUGAGCCUCCCUUGUUUUCCGCUGCAUGUAUGAAGUUUUGUAGAAAGUGAUGGGAAAACAUUUUCUUUCUUCUUUGUGUUUGUAUAAAUUUUUCAGUCCUGUUACCAAGAUUGGGCCAAAUUCUAGCCAUUUCUUCAUUGUCACAAUUAUUUUUCCCUUUUGUCAUUCCUAUCGAUUUCUUCAUAUGUGGUUAAGUUGCUUUGCACUUUCCAUGUCCAUCAGCAACUGUGUACAAUCAUGAAAAGAGAUGACCUCUUGUUAUAGACAACUAUAGGCUGCGAAGCUACCAUUAUCUUUACCUUUUUUCUCUAAGAAACAGCUUCCCUUUUCUCAACUGGCUAGUUAUUACCAUCCAGUUAAUCAUGUAUGCUUGUUACUGUGGUUGAUUUGCACUUGUGCUUGGAUGCAUUAUCUUACAGUCAGGGACACUGAUCACCACCAUACAUGAAGGAUACCGAACAACCAAUUUCAAUGGUUCUGUAUGGGUUUUUGUUUUCUGUGACCUUUAUUUUACCCUUUGGUCAAAUUUGAACUAGUCAUUAUCUUACAUUAUGUUAGUUUUGCAGGUUCAGGUAUCCCUGCUUCUAUGAACCAAGCCAUUGAUUUAAUUGCAGUUUACCAUGGAAUUUGUGUACAGGUUUUGGGCUUGCGGUCAGGCAGGAUGUUUUAGUGGGAUCUUUCAGGUUACUACUAUUUUGGUGAUCUUCAGAAGCGCUUCAGAUGGCAAGCAAUCAUGCUAUGAUGAAUUUGUAGGUGAGGUCUUCUGGCAUAUCUG